AUGAGGUUCCAGGGCCCUAGGUGUUCGUUCCGGGAGGACGCCACGGACAUGGCGGGCGCCAUCUUCAUGUCCAACAGCGAGACGAGGGAUCACUGCUUCAACACCGGCGUCUUCGGGCUACCGCCAGAGUACGGGCCCUUUGUGGCCAAUGUCAAGCAGGGGAUGCCCCUGUUCCUCUUUGACUACACAUUCCGUAAGCUUUACGGCGUCUUUGAGGCCGCCUCCGACGGCGGCAUGGAUAUUAGCAGGACCGCGUUCCGGUCCACCGGCCGCAGGUACCCUGCACAGGUUUGCUUCAAUAUUGUUUGGAAGUGCAGACCGCUCACUGAAGAUGAAUUUUUUCCUGCCAUUGAAGAGAACUACUAUAUCUCAAAGAAGUUCUACUUCGACCUUUCCUACCAGCAGGUCGUCCAGCUAUAUGGCUUAUUUGACAAAAAGAGGGUAGAGCACCCUAUUUGCAAUUAUUCAACAAGUGCUAAUCUGGAAAAGGAGCACUCAAGCAGAAGGAGACCAGACAAAAGGAGCUUGACUCCAAAUAGUCCUCCUUUUUCUGCUGAUCGUUCCCACACUUUGAUACUCUCGAGUACCCCAAAGAUCUCAACUGUCGAAACAAACUGCUCUGCUUCUACAAGCAUGCAUCUAAUUGUACCACCUACUUUUGAGACACAGCCAAGUGUGUCGAUGCCCUUGGUAACUAAACCUUUUGGAGUCCAGACUGCUCCCAUCCACAGCAACCAAAUAAAAGUACCUUAUCAUAGUCAAGAACAUCUCCGAGAUGUUUCAGCAAUAGAUGGCACUUCAACUCAGGUGUCUGCUCCUUACUCUCAGACAGCUAGAUACCACCAAGAUCAGUUUGUGGCAAAUCAGUCAUACCCAUCAUCUGAUGAUUAUCCGCACAAUAGCUUGUCUUCUGGGUGCAUGACACAAGGUCCAACUGAUGGAGUUAGACUGUCAGUAAAGCAGUCAUAUGGAGGCAGUAGCUUGUCAUGUUCUCGGUAUUUACCUCCAGUUCCAACUGGUGCUGAAAGAAGCUAUUUGACCUCAACUCCGUAUUUCCCAUCAUAUCAUGAUUCUUCUCUGGCAAGUCCGCAACACAAUGCUCACUGGAAGGAUGAUUACGACAUUAACUGCGAACAAUGCAGAGAGAUGUAUGCAUCUGAGCAACUGCAUUUAAACAGAGGAAAAUCUAUUACACCUCCAGAAUCAACUCAGAUAGGUAUUCCGGCUUACCCUGAAGCUCCUGAAGUAUCAGCAAUCAUUCAACAUAAAGAAAGCUUUACUGGCUACAUACCAAUCAAUGAUCGCCCUGAGGACUUGGAAAAAGAACAGCAGAGACGUGAUUUUAAUCGGGAUGGUUCAGUCUCAUCAGGUUCUGGACAUGAAACAUUAGCCUACAUUUCAGAUCGACCAUAUACUGAUCAUGAUGUUGGAGCUGAAAGCAACAUGGCAGUUCCUAGUCAGCGUCCACAAAAGAACGUGUUUUCUCGCUUAUCAGUGAAGCCACAACUACCUCCCCAAGAAAUUACUGGCCCUUCAAUGAACCAACUGCUCUAUUUACUUUCUCAGAGAAGAAAACAGUGGAGCAACAAGAGUAUAAGUCCUAGAGAAGAUGUUUGUAAACAGCUGGUCCGUGAACAGGACAUGGACAUGCCCAUUCCUCCUGCAGAGCUAAACCUGCCAAGCGGACUAGGAGAAGAAUGCGCAGAUCCUCCCUUCUUGAACUUCAAGAGGCGCAGCAAAGCGGCUGGGCUGGAUACAGAUGUAGGACAGGAGGUUAGUGACAAAAAGAAGAGAAGAAAGCUUGUGCGCCCUUCUUUUGGAGAAAAUAACACCACUGGUACUUCUGACCUCCAAGGGAAUGCCAUAGUUGAAGUGCGCCCUUCACUCGAAGAAAAUAAAACUACUGGUAAUUCUGGAAAUGUCCUCCAGGGGAAUGCCAUUACUGAAAGGAAUCAAACCCCUGCUUCCAUAGUUGAAAGGAAUCAAGGCUCUGCUUCCAUAGUUGAAAGGAAUCAAAGCCCUGCUGACAUAAUUGAAAGGAAUCAAAGCUCUGCUUCCAUAGUUGAAAUGAAUCAUAGCCCUGCUGCCAUACUUGAAAGGAAUCAAGGCCCUGCUUCCAUAGUUGAAAGGAAUCAAAGCCCUGCUGCCAGAAUUGAAAGGAAUCAUAGCCCUGUCGAAACUGAUGGUAACAAGUUCAUCAUUGACCUAAAUGAACCGGCAUCCGCAGAAAGUGAGCUGGCAGAGGAUGGUAGCAUUGCACCGUGUCCUGUUGCUGCCAACAUACAGACAGACAAAUCGUGUGACGUAGAUGUGAAAAAGCAAAACUGCUCAAAUUCGGCUGAGGUAAUCAGCCAACAAGAUGUACAGUCUGACAGUGGUGCGCCUACAGAGAAGAUUACACUUGAUCUGAACAUUACCGAUCUGAACACAAUGGACGAGGUGAAACUGCAAGCGAUCCUUGGCUCAUCAUUGUUGCAAGCACUUGACAAGCUCAGAAACAGCAAGUCCAAUGAUGACUCCAACAAGGCUAAAUCAAGCCUCUCUGAUAAAAUCAGCCAGGUGAAAAUGGAGAUGAAAUCCGACACGAGCACCAAACAUAGGUGCAACUGA